GCUUUCUUCGACUCCUCUCUCUCUCCCUCCCCAGACCUACAGCUGAAGAAACUGAAAAGUGAAAACCUUAAUCCUCUACAGGCGCCGCUCUUGUUUCCUCUAAAUCCAGCUCUUACUUUCGCGAAUCAAAGAUUCUAAGAAAAAUGACUCAAGAUGUGGAGAUGAAAGAGCAACCAGUUCCUUGCAAUUCCGUUACCUCCUCUUCUUCCUCCACUCUGCAUCAUUUGAAGGAAAUUGCGUCUCUGAUAGAGACCGGUGCAUAUGACCGUGAAGCUCGCCGUAUUUUGCGAGCUAUAAGACUUACUAUGGCUUUAAGAAGGAAGCUGAAGGUGUCUGUGCUGUCCUCGUUCCUCAGUUUCGCUCUUGCCCCUGGAUCCGAGGUCCUUACUCGGCUUUCUUCUUAUCUUCCUAAGGAAGAUGAGCAGGAGAUGGAAAUCGACACUGCAACCUCUGCUGCUCAACCUCCUGCUAAGCAUUCCCUGCCAGAGCUAGAAAUCUACUGCUACUUGCUUGUCCUGAUAUUUCUGAUUGAUCAAAAGAAAUACGAUGAGGCAAAGGCAUGUUCCUCUGCUAGCAUUGCUCGGCUGAAGAAUUUGAAUAGGAGGACACUUGAUGUCCUAGCUUCUAGGCUGUACUUUUAUUACUCUCUUUGCUAUGAACUCACGGGUAAUCUUGCUGAAGUUAGGAGUAACCUUCUAGCCCUGCACCGUAUUGCAACAUUGCGCCAUGAUGAGCUGGGUCAGGAGACGCUUCUUAACCUGCUACUUCGCAAUUACCUCCAUUACAAUUUGUAUGACCAAGCUGAAAAACUGAGAUCAAAGGCACCCAGAUUUGAAGCUCACUCAAAUCAACAGUUUUGUCGAUACCUCUUUUACUUGGGGAAGAUCAGGACAAUCCAAUUGGAGUACACUGACGCCAAAGAGUGUCUCCUCCAAGCUGCUAGGAAAGCCCCUGUCGCAGCCCUUGGUUUCCGGGUCCAAUGCAACAAAUGGGCAAUCAUUGUCCGAUUACUACUAGGAGAAAUCCCCGAGAGGACUGUUUUCAUGCAGAAAGGCAUGGAGAAGGCAUUGAGGCCCUACUUUGAACUGACAAAUGCUGUCUUCAUUGGGGAUUUGGAGCUUUUCAGAUCUGUUGCUGAGAAGUUCUCGAGUACUUUCAGUUCAGACCGGGCCAAUAACUUGAUUGUUAGGCUGCGGCAUAAUGUCAUUCGGACUGGGCUACGCAACAUAAGCAUCUCAUAUUCUCGCAUCUCACUGGCUGAUGUUGCCAAGAAGCUUAGAUUGGACUCUGUUGCUGAUGCCGAGAGCAUUGUAGCUAAGGCAAUCAGAGAUGGAGCUAUCGAUGCCACAUUGGAUCAUUCAAAUCAAUGUAUGCUGUCUAAGGAGACGGGAGACAUCUACUCCACGACUGAGCCUCAAACGGCAUUCAACUCUAGGAUUGCUUUCUGCCUCAAUAUGCAUAAUGAGGCGGUGCGUGCGCUUCGGUUCCCACCAAACUCACACAAGGAGAAAGAAAGUGCCGAGAAGAGGAGAGAGAGACAACAACAGGAGCAAGAGCUUGCAAAGCACAUUGCAGAGGAAGACGAUGAUGAGUUCUAACAAAGGGUGACGACGCGAAAAGGCUAUUUAUCCACCGUAUGAUUGUUUCAUGGUGUAUUUUACUUUUAAAUGCUUUAGUAGAAUUCUUUUGCUUCUCUUUUCACGAUGGCUACUAUGUCCAUUGAGUACAUUGCUUUACAAUGGUCACUUUGGAGUUGCACUUGUGUUUUUUACCCUUGAUUUUUA